CAGCGCGCCGCGCGGGAAGCCGCCGGGAGGAGAGGAGACGCCCCUUCCUAAUUCCCUCGCUUGCUCUCUUGAGUCCUCGUGCGACACGACUGGCGCGGGUCCGGAGGACUCCCAAGGUGACUGGACAAGGACGGAGGGACAGCGGCCACGGCAGCCAGGACAACAGCGGCGGUGGUUGGGGGAGGGGCGAGCUUGAGCCUGAGCACCGCCUCGAACCGCCGCCGCGCACUUCACGCAGGCGCAGCACGGCCAGCGUCGCACUGGCGCGCUGACGUGCUGACGCGCUGACGCGCUGACUUGGCGUUGUCACCUCCACCCCACCCCCCAGAACGGCGUCAGGGGUGAAGUCUCCCCGACCAUGACCUCCACCGGCCAGGACUCCACCACAACCAGGCAGCGAAGGAGUAGGCAUAACCCCCAUUCGCCCCCCCAUGACUCCAGCGUCACCUCGAAGCGAGGUGUUAAGAAGGGUGCCUUACUCCACUCCAGCCCUAGUCUAGCAGAGGUAAAGAAGAAAGGCAGAAUGAAGAAGCUCAGCCAAGCAGCAGAGCAAGACCUAAUCGUGGGCCUGCAAGGGCUGGAUCUGAACCUUGAGGCCAAGACACUGUCUGGCACUGGCUUGGUGUUUGAUGAGCAGCUAAAUGAAUUCCACUGCCUCUGGGAUGACAGCUUCCCUGAAGGCCCUGAGCGGCUCCAUGCCAUCAAGGAACAGCUGAUCCAGGAGGGCCUUCUGGACCGCUGUGUGUCCUUCCAGGCUCGGUUUGCUGAAAAGGAGGAGCUGAUGUUGGUUCACAGCCUAGAAUACAUUGAUCUGAUGGAGACGACCCAGUACAUGAAUGAAGGAGAGCUCCACAUCCUAGCAGACACCUAUGACUCAGUUUACCUGCAUCCGAACUCAUAUACCUGUGCCUGCCUGGCCUCGGGCUCUGUCCUCAGGCUGGUGGAUGCAGUCCUGGGGAACGAGAUCCGGAAUGGCAUGGCCAUCAUCAGGCCUCCUGGACACCAUGCCCAGCACAGUCUUAUGGAUGGAUAUUGCAUGUUCAACCACGUGGCCGUGGCUGCCCGCUACGCUCAAAAGAAGCAUGCCAUUCAGAGGGUCCUUAUCGUGGACUGGGAUGUGCACCAUGGUCAAGGAACACAGUUUACCUUUGACCAGGACCCCAGCGUCCUCUAUUUCUCCAUCCACCGCUACGAGCAGGGUCGGUUCUGGCCCCACCUGAAGGCCUCUAACUGGUCCACCAUAGGUUUUGGCCGAGGCCAGGGAUAUACCAUGAAUGUGCCUUGGAACCAGGUGGGGAUGCGAGACGCCGACUACAUUGCUGCUUUCCUGCACCUCCUUCUGCCGGUCGCCCUUGAGUUCCAGCCCCAGCUGGUCCUGGUGGCCGCUGGAUUUGAUGCCCUCCAAGGGGACCCCAAGGGUGAGAUGGCCGCCACUCCGGCAGGGUUCGCUCAGCUCACCCACCUGCUCAUGGGUCUGGCAGGAGGCAAGCUGAUCCUGUCUCUGGAGGGUGGCUACAACCUGCGCUCCCUGGCUGAGGGCGUCAGCGCCUCCCUCCACACCCUCCUGGGAGACCCCUGCCCCAUACUGGAGUCUCCUGGUGCCCCCUGCCCAAGUGCCCAGGCGUCACUCUCCUGCGCUCUGGAAGCCUUGGAGCCCUUCUGGGAGGUCCUUGUAAGAUCAGCUGAGACCCUGGAGGAGGACUUCCUGGAGGAGGAGAACGUGGAGAAGGAAGAAGAGGGACCGUGGCAGCCCCCGGCGCUCCCAAUCCCGACGUGGCCGGUGCUACAGGCUCGCACAGGGCUGGUCUAUGACCAGCGGAUGAUGGGUCACUACAACUUGUGGGACAACCACCACCCAGAGAUGCCUCAGCGAGUCUUUCGGAUCAUGCGCCGUUUGGAAGAACUGGGCCUUGCGGGGCGCUGCCUCACGUUGCCCGCACGUCCCGCCACGGAUGCCGAACUGCUCACCUGCCACAGUGCUGAGUACGUGGGUCGUCUGCGGGCCACAGCGAAGAUGAAAACCCGGGAGCUGCACCGCGAGGGCUCCAACUUCGACUCCAUCUACAUCUGCCCCAGCACCUUCGCCUGUGCACAGCUGGCCACUGGCGCCGCCUGCCGCCUGGUGGAGGCUGUGCUGGCCGGCGAGGUUUUGAAUGGCACUGCUGUGGUGCGUCCCCCAGGACACCAUGCAGAGCGGGAUGCCGCUUGUGGUUUUUGCUUUUUCAACUCUGUGGCUGUGGCUGCUCGCCAUGCCCAAGCCAUCAGUGGGCAUGCGCUGCGGAUCCUCAUAGUGGACUGGGACGUCCAUCAUGGUAAUGGAACUCAGCACAUAUUUGAGCAAGACCCCAGCGUGCUGUACAUUUCCCUGCACCGAUACGACCACGGCACCUUCUUUCCCAUGGGGGAUGAGGGCGCCAGCAGCCAGAUAGGCCGGGCCACAGGCACCGGCUUCACUGUCAACGUGGCCUGGAACGGGCCCCGCGUGGGCGACGCCGACUACCUGGCUGCCUGGCAUCGUCUGGUGCUCCCUAUUGCCUACGAGUUUAACCCAGAACUGGUGCUGGUCUCGGCUGGCUUUGAUGCUGCACGGGGGGACCCGCUGGGCGGCUGCCAGGUGUCACCUGAGGGCUAUGCACACCUCACCCACCUGCUGAUGGGCCUUGCCAAUGGCCGUAUCAUCCUAAUCCUAGAGGGUGGCUACAACCUGACAUCCAUCUCGGAGUCCAUGGCUGCCUGCACCCGUUCCCUCCUUGGGGACCCACCACCGCUGCUAACCCUGUCGCAGCCCCUGCUGUCAGGGGCCCUGGCCUCCAUCACCGAGACCAUCCAAGUCCAUCGCAGAUACUGGCGCAGCUUGCGGGUUAUGAAGGUCGAAGACAAGGAGGGACCCUCCAGUUCUAAGCCGAUCCCCAAGAAGGAGACCCAGCCAGCCAACCGUGGGUCAGCUGUGGGGAUGAGCGCACCAGACGGGAACAUUCUGGAUGCGGACGCAGGGAAGGCUGCCUCAGCAUCAUCCGUAGAAGUGGCCACUCCAGACCAAGCUAAGUCAGAGACUGCCGUGGUGGAGCUCAAUCAGGACCAAACCUCGGAGUCUCCCACCCGGGAAGCCACGGCGGACCAGACCCCCUCAGAGGCAGCCACGGGAGGGGCCGUGCUGGACCAGACCAUGGUGGAGUCUGCCGCGGUUGGAGCCACGCCAGGCCAGACCCCCUCAGAGGAAGCCGUGGGGGGAGCUGAGGUGAUCCAAACCCCUCCAGCCUUAUGUACUGACAAGCAGACUCCUCCAGCCUCACCUGCGCAAGGAGCCACCCGCCAGAUAUCCCCCAGUAAGCUGCCUGAGAAUCUCAGGACCUUGGGCCUAAACAGCGAGGCUCAGGAGGCCCCAGAAUCUCAGAUCCCAGAAGAGGAGCGGCUGCUAGGAGAGGCAGCUGGAGGUGAGGACAGAGAUGAUUCCGUGCUGAUUCAGAGCUUUGGGGACUGUGCCAACACUGACCAGGUCAUGUUUUAUGCCGUGACACCGCUGCCCUGGUGUCCCCAUUUGGUGGCAGUACGUCCCAUACCUGAAUCGGGCCUGGACGUGACCCAACCUUGUCAGGACUGUGGAACGCUCCAGGAGAACUGGGUGUGUCUGUCUUGCUAUCAGGUCCACUGUGGCCGUUACGUCAGUGCCCAUAUGCUCCAACACCACGAAGUCUCAGGACACCCGCUGGUCCUCAGCUACGUCGACCUGUCUACCUGGUGUUACAACUGUGAGGCCUAUGUCCACCACCAGGCUCUCCUGGAUGUGAAGAACGUCGCUCACCAGAACAAGUUCGGGGAGAACAUGCCCCACUCACACUAAAUCCCAGCACGUGCCCCUCUUCUCCACCUUCUGAGCACCUGGAUGAGGGGCAGCCUCACUCCAUCCCAUCCUGAAGACUCUUUUCACCUCCCCAAGGGUGCCGAUUUAAGCAUAAAUACCUGUAAGAGGACGGUGAUGAUCAAUUGUAAAUCUCUCUGCCCACUGUCUGUUGGAGGGACUCCAUCUUCUCUGCCCGGGAAGGAAAGCGGGGGGGUUCAGUGGUCCCAAGAGGGGGCUCAUAUCACAAAGCUGAUGCUUUGGAGAGAGGGGCAUCAACUGACAAUAUAUAGCAGAGUUCCAUUUGUAAUAAAGGACAAGCUGUUAGAAAACCUGGA